AUGACCUCGAUGCUGUCGUCCCGUCACGACGUCGGGCCUGCUCGGUGUGCGGCCUUGGCACCCGGCCUGGCGCCAGGAGCAGAUAUCGUAACAAAAGACCUCGAUCCCCCGCCCGAUGCGCCUUCCUACGAUUACAUUGUCCUGGGCGCCGGAACGGCCGGCAGCGUCCUCGCAAGCCGAUUGUCGGAGUCGGGUACUCGUUCGGUCCUCGUUCUCGAGCGUGGCUCGUAUCUCGCUGACGUCGUCGGGCGCAUACCUCUGCUCAGCAACGCCCGUGCAUUUCAGGCAAGAUACGCCACGCACGUACGCACCACGCCUCAGCCAGGCCUGGGAGGACGUACGAGCACGGUGCAAGUUGGACGACAAGUGGGUGGCUCCAGCGCAGUGAAUGCGACUCUCUACACACGCGGUUGUCACGCCGACUUUGACUCUUGGGGCAUUCCCGGCUACACUGGAUCGGACCUGGAGCCCUUCUUCAAGCGGUCGCAGGCGCACAGCCAUGAAUUGCGCACAGAAAGAGCAGACGUGUAUGGAUAUGAGGGGCCAUGGGCCACGCGGGACAUGCCCCAGCUUUUUGGGUUCAGCAAGCCAUUCGUCGAGGCUGCCGGCGCGCUCGGAGUGCCUACUUCGGACUACGGCAUGUCGGAGCGCGGCAUGAUGGCAACGGGGGCCUUCUUCUUGCAGACUUCCCAGACAGCUAAUGGAUCGCGACAUCAUGCGGGCAUGGCUUACUUGCCCUCCAAUGUGCUCAAGGCGCGACAGAAUCUGACACUGUGCGUGGAAAGCUGUGUGGAAAAGGUGCAGAUCGAGGGGCCGAACGAUGAUAACAAAGCGCACAAGGCCACUGGCGUCUGGUUCUCUAGCAAGGGCAAGGUAUACUAUGCACGAAGCGACAACGUCAUUCUGUCUUCUGGUGCAAUUUUCUCGCCCUGCAUACUCCAGCGCUCAGGCCUGGGUUCCCCGCAGGUCUUCGAGCCCCUCAGGAUUCCCGUCAAGGUAGCUCUGCCUGGCGUUGGCGCACACUUCAAGGAUCAUCUCGCUGUGCCGUUGCAUUUCCGUGGGCCCAUGCGAGACUCGUGCAUGCCUAUGGUGCUUCCUGCGACGGCGCUGCCCACGCUUAUACGCCAAGCUUGGAACUAUUUCAUCCAUGGAAAGGGCUGGUUUACCACUCCUGGAACGCUGGAGACCGUCGCCUACCUGAGUACGGAGCAGAUUCAGCUGAUGGACGAUGGAGAUACCGGGAGCAGGCUUCGCGUGCAAGGUACUGAUCCGCACAAAGACGUCCCGGACAUCGAGAUCAGCUUCGAGGCUUUCUGGGCAGCCGAGGAUAUGCCACGGUUUCAUGGCCUUGGUGGCUCGCACGGCGUCAUGGCAGCACUUGUCUACCUCGUCAAGCCUCGUUCGGUCGGCCACGUUCACAUCAAGGCGCCUGACCCGUCUGUCCUGCCCGAGGUCGAGCCCAACUCCCUGCAAGAGGAGGACGAUGUGCGCCGGCUAGUGCUUGCCAUCCGGCUGGCGAUGACGCUCAUCAAGCACAUGCGCGAGCAGCUCGCCUACGACAUCGGGCCUGCCUGUGUGCCGGGCUGGGAUGACAGCAAGGGAGGAUGGAAGGACGGAUUGGCCAAGCGUGGCGGUGACGAGUUCGACUUUGUUGAUCCACAAGCUAUCGCUGAGAAGGACAUCGUCGAGCAUAUCCGCAAGUGGGGUUUUGGCGUGCAGCACAUGGCCUCGACAUGCGCCAUGGGCACAGACGGGGAUGCAGCUGUCGAGCCAGGCAGUCUGAUGGUCAAAGGUGUCGAGGGACUGCGCGUGUGCGAUGUCAGCGUGAUGCCUGAAGUGCUCAGCUGUCAUCCCCAAGCUGCGGCCAUUGCGAUCGCCGAGAAGCUUGCUGCUGACAUUGAAUCGUCCGAGUGACCUCGUCUGGCUAUGAUUGCUUGCCAAGCUUUUGCGUGGGUCACUCUCCAGUCAUGUACGAGCAUGUCCAAGCAAUGCAAUAGUAACACCGUCUUCAUCUGAGCAAGAAAGAAUUCGCGAAUGGAAGGCAGUG